AUGAGGUCCGCGAUCCAUGGACCUGUCAGAGUCAGAAACCUCCCCAGGUCAGAAGCCUCCCCAGCUAUGGCGUCAGCCAAUAGUUCCCGCACUGUCAUCAUCAUUUCAGACGAGACGGACAAACAGCCCCUGGCACGAGGGACGCAAAGGUCACAAAGAAAGAGAACCUUCACCGACUACAGCUAUCCAACCUAUGAUGGUCUAUCUGAUGAUUUAGUGUCCUCUGAUGCUCUGGAGUCCGAAAUGGAGCGGCCACUGAAAAAACAAAAAAUAUCCAACCUGGACACGGUUUUGGAAACGGCGAAUCAGGAAAUUCAUACCAUUUUCGAGGCGGAGCGUGGAAAGAGGAGGAAACUGGAGGAAGAAGUGCAGACGCUGGAAGAAGAAGUGCGGCACCUGCGUGCAGAGAUGACUAUGAAGGAUGAGCUGUUCCGCAACCUUGAGACUAAAACCUGGGAGUUGCAGCAUCGAUGUCAAUGUGAGAUCUGCUAUAGCAUCCCAUCGGAGUGGAGAACCCUUCUGCCGUGUGGACACCGGUUUUGUGCAGGAUGCCUUCGUCCUCUCAUUGGUGAUGACUGUCCAAAGUGUCGUAAACAUAUCACUGGUAUCCUCAAGAGCUAUUAG